AGAAUAUUGAAGUAAGAUGGACAUAAUUUACCAGCCUCGCAUCAACAGGGAGAUUGAAUCACUCAGAGAAAGAAUCCAUCCACCCAGGGUCUGUAUAGACAACGAUUCCUACAGAGAUUGCACAGUGGUGAAGAUUGAUAGCGCGAAUAGGCAUGGGAUAUUGUUGGAGAUGGUCCAGGCUUUGACAGAUCUUGACCUCGUCAUUUCCAAAUCAUACAUUUCUUCUGAUGGUGGAUGGUUAAUGGAUGUGUUCCACGUGACGGACCAGGUUGGAAAGAAGCUUACUGACAAAAGCCUCGUCCAUUACGUUCACCAGGCACUGUGCGAGGCUAGAAGCAGCCAAGAAAUUUCAAGCGACACAAUAGAGCUACAGAACGCGUCAGAGUCCGUUAUGAACUUGGCCAUAGAGUUGACCACCGCCGACAAGCCGGGCCUGUUCUCGGAGAUAUCAGCAGUUCUACUGCGCUUGGGCUUCAACGUCACCUACGCAACGGCCUGGACCCACAACGAAAGGGUGGUAUGCAUUAUCCAUCUCGAGGACGCAGCCAAACUCGGGCCCAUAGACUCGGAACGUUUGGCCCACGUCCGGGAGCAGCUCCAGAACGUGGUGGAGGCCCGCGACGGGGAAGAGGAGGGGAAGAGAGUGAGGCUGAGGUUGAGGAGCUUCGGCGCCGGGCGCAACCAUACCGAUCGGCGGCUCCACCAGAUGAUGUACGCCGACGGGGACUACGAGAGUUGCGGUGCAUGCCACGGCGAGAAGAAGAACGUGUCGGUGGGUAGAUACGAAGAGAAAGGGUAUUGGGUGGUGAACGUGAGAAGCAGGGACCGCCCUAAGCUUUUCUUCGAUACCGUGUGCGUCCUCACAGACAUGAAGUAUGAGGUCUUUCAUGCUGCCGUUGCCUCCAACACCUCCAUGGCUGAUCAGGAGUACUUCGUAAGACCCAAGGGUGGUUCAAAUCUGGACAAUGAAAGCGAGAAGCAGAAGCUCAUUCAAUGUUUAAUCGCUGCCAUAGAGCGCAGAGUCUCUCAUGGACUGAAAGUAGACAUUCGCACUGAAAACAGAAGGGGGCUACUAUCAAGGGUAACACGUGUGAUUCGUGAGAAUGGACUAUCAAUAACAAAGGUUCAGAUAGGAGUAGAGGGUGAAACAGCAGUAGGAUCAUUCUAUGUUGCAGAUUCUUCGGGUCAGGAUGUGAACCCAAAUAUAGCAGAGCUGGUUAGAAGAGAAACCGGUGGGUCCGUUGUUGCAAAUUACAAUUCGCCCUACACGGUCCCUAGACCUUUAUCUUCUGGAAAAACCAUGCAUGAAACCAAAAGCACUACACAGGUUACACCAAGAUUUUCUCUCGGAAGCAUGCUAUGGUCUCAGCUUGAGUGCCUCUCCAAUAAUUUCCGACCCAUCAGAUCUUGA